AUGUGUCUAACUGCGAGGCGACUGACGGGCGACGACGCCCUGGCGGGCGACGGCGGCGCUGUCCGGCCGGGUCGAGGAGGAAGGGCCUCCUCCACCCUCCUCCGCCGACGCCGGCGACGGUCGCUGGCGCGGUGCGGGGUCGGUUUGGAGGUGCGGAACUCCUUUGAGGUGCUCGGCUCCGAUGCGUCCGAGUCUGAGGAAGAUCCAGGGUGGUUCUCCGGGCCGGAGGUGCGGCCGCGGGGGCAGCAGUUGGCGCAGCAGGUGGCGCUCGUGGGCGUGGUGCGGGAGGGGGACGAAGGGUCGUCCUCACCCACGCCGGCGGCGGCGCCAGAUCUGGGGUCAACGGUGGACUUCCCUGCUCUGCCGUCGCAGAUCUCUUCCCCGCCCGUCUCGGUGGUCCGCGACGGGCCCGGCGUCUUCAAGGUCGGUGAGGUCUCCGUCUCGUGGGGAGCGGUGCGGUGCUCCGGGGUGGCGACAAGGGCGACGACGGCGGCGGCGGCGGCGGCGGGCUCCGAGCUAGGGUUGGCUCUGGAAGCUGCGGUUGGGCCGGUGAGGGUGCAGCUGUCCAGUGGGCCAGGUGGGCCUCCUGGGCCGUCGGCCCAAUCCGUUCUGGUCCAGUCAAGUGCUUCAAGGCCCUGUUUGGAUGCGGGGCGGUCGGAUGGUGGCCACGUGUCCCAGGGGCAUGUUUCUGCGGCUCCGAUGCAGUGCGGCGCGCGGAGUGGGGGGCUGGACGGUUCUACCCCUCCGAGAUCGGUACUUAAGUGGUUCUGGCGCCCGGUCGGCUCUACUGUCCAAGGGUUAGGGUUUCCAGCCGCCAAUCGGGAUCUGAGACUUCUCAAACCUCCAGCCACCACUCUCCUCCCUUCUCCUUCCCUGCGUCCUCUCCCGCGGCGGCGUCGCAUGGACAGAGAGCGGAGGAUGAAGCGUCCCUUCGGGGAGACGGGGGAUGGCCAGGGCGGCUGGCGGCGCGAAAGGGAUCUCAGGCAGAAGCUUGAUAGGGAGCAAGAAGAGCAGCGGCGACAGCAGCGUGAGCGUGAUUGGGAUGCUCAGCGACGGGAGGAAGACCACCGCGCCAGGGACAGGCAAGGCAGGGAGCUGCAGCGGCCCCCGGCCCCGAACCCACGAGGGCGUGGUACGGGAAGGGGGGAGGAGCGCGUGGACAAGCACAGCCGCCAUGGAUCUGGGUCGAGGGCGACCGAGUUGGGUGGCGGUGAGGCCACUCAUAUUACUUGCUACAACUGCGGGAAACUUGGACACGUCCAGGCCGCAUGCACCGAAGAGCCCUUCUGCAUCAAGUGCAACAAGGUAGGCCACCUGUCCGCCAUGUGUGCCUUCUACAACAGGGCGGCUGAACCCUUCUGGGCUGGGUACGGCAGCAACGGGGUGGGCUUUGUCUGCUGUGAAGUAUCAGAGGAAGAAAUGCUACCGCCGGCACCCAAUGCGGCAAGAAUUUCGCUGGAGAUUGGAUCCCUUUCGGCGGAACAGUUGGAGGAUGAGCUCAAGGACCUUGUCGACGAGGGAUGGAACUGGAAUGUGCAGCAGCUCAGCGAGUCAGACUUCGCAGCCUUCUUCCCCUCUAAGGAAAGCCUCCGCAUGGCCAUCCGCGGUGGAGGCCUCAACCUGCCAAUGAGCAAGCUGCAUGUGAACGUGGAGGCAUCUGUCGGGGACCCGGCUGCGGCGGAUCACCUCGAGGAGGUGUGGGUGAAGCUCUUCGACGUCCCCGCCCCCUACAAGCAACCGUCACGCAUUUUGCUGGCCACUCGGGAGCUGGGGCGACCUGUGGGAGUGGAUGAAGCGUCUCUUGAUGCGCCUGACAGCCCGGUGAGACUCUUGGUGGGAUGCAAGAGGCCAGUUGCCCUGCCCUCCUUCAUUAUGAUGUAUGUCAACUCCCAAGGGUUCAAGGUGAGAGUGCAGCUGGAUAGUGAGAAGAUGGCAGUUUCCUCGGCUCCCCCCCCUCCGCCUAAGCCGCUGGGAGACGACAAGGAUGAGGACCUCGAGGAAUCGGAAGGGGAUGGUUGGGAUGGGCGUCGCGGGAAGCAUAUCAGAAAGGGAACAGAGCCGGCCAACCCUCGCCCUGAGUCUAGGGGAUUCAGCGGCGCUCCUAAGCAUAAGUCUGUCGCCAUGGACAUUGGCACGGCGUCGCGGGAUCCGUCUGAGGUCGUGAUCCCCUCCUCCGCCCUCAGCCAAUAUGGAUCCAAUCUGCUUGGAAAAGGGGACAUUUUUCCUAUCUUGAAGAACCUCUUGACGUCGGAUCAAGCACCCACUCAGCUGGAGGAACCAGAAGACUCUGACGAGGACCAGCCGCCCCUCUCCCCAUCUCUGGUGACCGAUUCUACAACGCCGGAGGGGCUGUCUACACCAAGAAGGGACCCAAGAUCUCAGGGAAAAGCCAUGCACCUUUCUGACCAAGACAGGGUGGAAGCUGGGAUUAGCCCCUCGUGGGAGAGCGACCCAGAUGCUAUGCGCGCGAGGGAGCGCAGGAGCAAGAGCAACUUGGACCGCCCAUCUCUGGUCAGAAACCUGGACGGGAAAGAUAUCGCCAUUCAGCUGGUGUUUGAGGGAGACAAUCAGGGUGCCAAGGAAGGGUUGGGCUCGAAGCCCAUGGAUGGUGAAGUGAUCGGGGAGCUGGCGGCUUCGGUGGUGCGGGCGCCAAGAACCAAGUCUUCGGCGGGAGGCCCGUCGCGCUUCAGUCGCAGGGGUGCGACCGCGUCGGCUGAACCGAUUCUCCAAAGAGCCAUGGCACGCGCCGAGCAGAAAGCUACAGCACUGGCUCGGCGUGGCAAAGCCAGCGGACCGUCCCUGGCUUAGGUGGUUGAUCGCGGCGCUAAGAAGCAUCCAUGCCCAGCUCAUUCCUGCGGAUCCGUGAAGCUCGAAUCGUGAUGCUGGUGCCGGACAUCUACCCCUGUCUAGUCGUUUUGGGUUCUCGGUCUGUUAGGGGAGGCCGACCCCGUUAUGUUCCUUCGUUGGCUAAGCUGUAUGCCGCAGCAUGUAAUAACUAUGUCUGAACCUUGCGGGGCUUUAUUAAUUUAAAGUCGGGCACCUAGUGCCUUUUAU